UCUCAUAGAAUACCCUCGCCCUCUCUCUCCCCCAAAGCAAGAACAGUACAGUGCAUCAAUGGCUAAGAGAGAUAACACUCAAAUUGAGCUUGAAAGUAAGACGCUAUUUUCAGAAUUGGAUCAUUUCAUUGCCAAAUCACAAGAAAAGAGUGAUCGCUGCUCCAAAGAAAUCAUUGCUGCCAAGUCCUUCAAGAUAGAAAUUGAAGCGUCAGUUAUCACAAGAAACAAUCUUGACAAAGAAGUAAGGGCCAAGAUUGAUAAAGCAAGGCAAUGGCUGAAUCAGAAGAUGGAUGAAUUCAAGACAAAAGAAGGUAGUUAUGAGGAUAUAGGGCUGAUUGCUGCAUCGCCGAUUUCAAGCAACUCCAAGCUGAAUUUCUUUCGGUGCUUGCCUUCUGAUCCGGAAGCAAUGGCUGCAGACCACCGUAAGUCUAGUCUUCAAGGAGGCACUGAGCAACUGAUGAGUACUGCUCUUGGCAUUUCGGAGGAUACAUUGCCUGGUUCUUGGAAUCCCUUACCUGAGGAAAUUGAGCGGGUCAAGGCUUCUGUACGUGAAGGCUUGGACAAGGCCAGGGAACGUUCAUUCGUUUAUAAAGAAGCCUUGUUCGAUUUGGAUAAGUUUUUCUCAAAAAGUUCACCAUCAAAGACAACUGAUAUGGUUGACGAAGAUUACACUCAAAUUGAUCCAGAAAUCCAGAAUCUAGUUAAGAAACUAGAUGAGUGCAUUGCAAAGAUUGAUCAAAAGAGGCAGGUUUUAGAAAAUGCAAUUGAUUCAGAAAUCGAAGCACUCAAGAAAGAUCAAUAUGAAACCAGGGAACUAAGGUUGAAUCUUCUUCACGAAUCUGGUGCUACGAGCAGCAACAUUGAAGCUGGAAACCGGAAGGUUGCUAAUGUGAAGCAAUGGCUGAAUCAGAAGGCACUGAUCAGUGGUGACACUAGUGGAGAUCAUGAUCAGGGCAAUAAUUACUCUGUGCUUAUUGUUCAUGAUGAUCGUAAUGCUCGAGACACCAUUUGGAGAUACGUGAUGGUAGUUGGGACAGAAAAGCAGUUUACAUUGGAAUUUCAAGAGGCGAAGAAUGGGAAAGAAGCUGUUUAUCUUCAUCUUGCUGGGGCUUCUUUUGAUCUCAUUAUUAUGGACGAUCAAAUGCCCAUCAUGACUGGAAUUCAGGCAACACAGCUGCUACGCAAGAUGGGUGUUAAGAGUCAGAUUAUAGGUUUCGCUUCUGAGUCUGUCCAACAAGCUUUUAUCGAUGCUGGCGCCGACGAAUGCCUUAAAAUGCCACUGGAUACUGAAUAGAUCACUGCAUUCCCUAAUUCCAACAAGCAAAGAAGGGCUGAUGCAUCACAAGCUUGAGAGUAUCUGAGUCUCCUUGAUCUGUGUUCCUUUUUCUUUUUUUUU